UCCAUCCAAUCCGAGGUUAGAGGGGAACAAGAGACAAACGAAAUGAGACGUUACUGACUUCUGGAAACUUUGCUACCUUCAGCGACUCUCUCUCUCUCUACACCCAUGCGCUCAGCUCACCCAUAACCCACUGGUACAAAGCAUUAAAUACAACACGCAGGGCUGAGCCAUGGCCAGUAUUCAGAUCCGGAGGUAUCAGGAUGCCGACGUCGAGGCAGUGAAGGAGAUCUUCACCAUGGGGAUGAGCGAGCACGUGCCUUCGACCUUCAUGCAUCUCCUAAAACAGCCGCCGACCCAGAUGGUACUUAUGUGCGUGUUCUGUGCUCUCAUGACCAGCUCCAAAUCCUUCCUGCUACCAAUCCUCGCCGUCACCCUCCUCCUGGCCGGGGCCAGGCAGUUCGUCGUCUACAUCUUCAACCGUUACAUCGACACCUCUCUCAGGAAGGACCUCGACGACAUCAACGGAACCUACAUGGAGAAGAAGGACUCGUGUUUUUGGGUGGCUGAAGUUGAAGACCGGGUGGUGGGCAUCGUGGCCUGCCUUCCUAACGAGAAUGCGCCAGCGUGCUUGGAGUUGAAACGCAUGUCUGUACUCCGCAGUCACCGCGGAAUGGGCAUCGCUAAGACCCUGUGUCGGACAGUAGCCGGCUUUACCCGUGACAGAGGUUAUGCAGCGGUCAUCCUCUACACAUCUGUGGUGCAGACAGAUGCUCAGAAGCUGUAUGAGCACAUGGGCUACGAGAAGAUAAGAGAGUUCGUUGUUCCAGAGAUGGCUGCCAAAAUCACAAACUUCACUCUGUUUGAAUACAGACUCGAUUUACAGAAAGAUGGGAAAAGUGACUGAGUGGUCUUUUUAAAGUGAGACACGCAAGGACUGUUUGACAUUUCGCGGCGACGAUACUGUCCAUUCACUCACUUUCUUUGCUUAUGCCUAACCAGCAUGCAUUGCUCUUACGGCAGCCAAACACUCGGGACAGGUCAUGUGACAGUAUCCACAUGAGGAACUGUUUACUCCACACACGUGCAGUAAAAAGGUCAGCAUGUUUCCUCUCCUUUCAAACUAUUCUUAGUUGAUAGUAACAUCUGCUAACGCUCGAAGUCAUUUGAUCAUUUAAUUACUUAGAAUAAGCAAAUAGAUAUGAACAUGCUCUUACGAUUUCCUAGCAUUUGUUUAUUUUGCAUUACCACUAGGGAUCCGAUACUCUGAAUUAAUAUUGACCAUGAUACUGAUCUGAGUAAGCGGAUCAUGACAUGACCAAUCCACAUAAAACACAAUUUUGUUAUUGAUUUGGAUUUAUUAGGUCAUGGCCAACUCCGUUUUAAGUCCCAGAUUAAUCGCCAGAAUCUGUUACCUGACAUAAAAAUUAUUCCAAUCGAUUUUGUGAGGUCUACAGACUUUUAAUUUGGAGAAAAAUAGAGCAGUGGUACUCGGUAUCAUAAUCGGUAGGUAACGGGGAGAGGAGGUGGGACUCUGGCAUCCCUUCCUGUUAUUGUCCUGUGGUCAGUUUACCAGAACCAUGUCCUGAGAUUAUGUUUCAGUACAAAUUAGAUGGUUGUGAAUCUGUAAACAAUAAAGUGCUUGAGAUAGUUGGGAAGCUGCAGGUCUGAUUUUAGGAUAUUAAUGCUUUAAUAGCAUACUUCACACAUUCCUUACACAUCAGCAUUAACAAAGGAGAGCCCAUCCUGUGCUGCUCUCAACACUUAAUGUACCGAGGUAUAAAAGUAUUGUCCUCUGACAUAUUCCAUAUACGUGUGUUAUUUCUACUUCACCGUUUCAUCUAAAAAUAACCAUUCUUUCAGUUCCCCAUUUUCUGCUAAUGAGCUGUGUUAUAUCUCCAGAGCAAUCUCACCAGUUGUCAGAUUUGUUCAUACCAGGAAUAGAAAUGUGCUCAGGGAAGUUUUUUCCAGUUGCUCUCUCUGAAACAGCCCUGCAGCUUUUUUUUUUCAAGUCAUCACAUUUCUUCUGCUGGUGGCCGAAAAGAGUCGGUCACCCAUUCAGCCAAACAGGAAGAACGAGUCUCUGCUUUAUGCAAGCCGGAGGAAGGUUGUGGACACGGGGGGGCGAGGAUCCUGCCGGCAGCUGAACCACAUUUUGAUGGGUUUGGGCAAUACUGAAGUUCUGCCCUGGGCUUUGUUUUGCAUCCCAGAUGCUACACGGUUCCUGACUGAUGCUCACAAGCUGGGAAGUUGUCAGAUUGUUUUAUUUUGGUUUCAUAUCAAUCUUGUAAAUUAACAACAAUUAUUAACUUUUGGAUUCAUGGUCCCCAAGGAUACAUUUGUCUGCCAGGUUAUAAAGUGAAACAGAGAACACACACACGCACAAAAUAAUAAAAUACAGCAUAGAAGAAAUGUGGAUGCACAAGCAAUGUAGUUUAAUUGUCUUUUCAUUAACAUGGUUGAUUUUGUUUUCAUGUUUAUUCUCAAAUGUUUUUUUGGGGGGGAAAUGUCAAUUUCCCUUGUCUUUCUUAGUCCUUUGUAUUAUUUUUCUUAUUUAAACAUAAUUUAUCAAAGUUAAUUCAACAUUAAUAUUUGCCUUGCUUACAGUUUAAACACACGACAAAGAGUAACAUGACAUUGUGUCAGUGGUAUAAUGUACAAAAUGAUCUAUUAAAUAAUUAUUCACACGAUA